GGUUACUAAAACAACCCGGCUCAAACAGCUCGAGAACGUUGAGCAGCCUUCGGCAGUUUCUAAACAUAUAACAAGCCAGUGCCAAAACAAAUAAUAGCAAAUUCAAUUUAAAUCUCUGCCCAAUUGUAAAACAACAGAAUACCAAAAUGCAGUCCUUAGUUAUCGCAGCCUUCCUGAUGACUUGUAUCAUCGGUUUCAGCUCAGCUGGCAAUAUGCCUGACUAUAUCCAGGUGUGUCAUCGCAACGAUCCUGAGCUGUCGAAGUGUCUGAAGAGCAGUGUCCACAAUUUGCGUCCCUAUUUGGCCAAAGGCAUUAAGGAAUUGAAUGUGCCACCGCUAGAGCCUCUCUAUAUUGGUGAUCUUAGCAUUUUGGAUGGCUCCGCUGGGCUUACGGUUAAGGCCAAGAAGCUGAACAUCCUGGGAGCCUCGAACUUUGAAAUCACCAAGCUGCGGGCAUCCACCCAAAAUCGUCGCUUCGAUUUCGAGUUGAUACUCCCUCAUCUCCAUGGCGAUGGGCUCUACGAGAUCAACGGCAACAUCCUGGCACUGCCCAUCAAGGGCAAUGGACCGUUCACAGGAAACUUCACCAACUUCGUGGCUUAUGUGCGAGUGCAGUAUGACAUCAAGAGUGUUAACGAUCUGGAAUACCUACAUGUCAAGGAAUUCGCCUUGAAGAUUCGCACUGGCAAGGGCAAUCUGAAGCUGGAGAAUCUUUUCAACGGUGAUAAAGUUCUGGGUGAUGUCAUCAACGACACGAUCAACCAAAACUUCGAGGUCUUCACCAACGAUUUGAUCGCUCCGAUUGCCCGCGCUCUGGAGGCCAAAUUCCUGGUCAUCACGACCAAAAUCCUUGAGAACUUUACCUACAGCGAGCUUUUCCCUGUCUAAUGAGGAAUCGUAAUUAGGUUAGAAUUAAGAUUGUGAUACACUCGAAUUGUUUUAAUUAGUCCUAAAAUAUUCAAUAAACCUAACAAAUUUGAACUUAAA